AUGCCUAUCCCAGUGCCCCAGUCCGAUAGCCUGAAGGAUCUUUUGAGCCUCAAGGGCAAGGUCGUGAUUGUCACCGGUGCUUCCGGCCCUCGCGGUAUGGGCAUUGAGGCCGCUCGUGGCUGCGCCGAGAUGGGCGCCGAUCUGGCCAUCACCUACGCCACCCGACCGGCGGGCGGCGAGAAGAAUGCCAAGGAGCUGCAGGAGCAGUACGGUGUUAAGGUCAAGGCUUACAAGUGUGACGUGGGCAACUGGGAAAGCGUCGAGGGUCUAGUCAACAACGUCAUUAAGGACUUUGGCAAGAUCGAUGCUUUCAUCGCCAACGCCGGUCGUACUGCAGACAGCGGAAUUCUCGACGGCUCCGUGAAGGACUGGGAAGAGGUUAUUCAAACUGAUUUGACCGGCACCUUCCACUGCGCCAAGGCCGUUGGCGCCCACUUCAAGGAGCGCGGCACUGGUAGCUUCGUCAUUACAUCCUCCAUGUCCGGCCAUAUCGUCAACUUCCCCCAGGAGCAGACCUCCUAUAAUGUCGCUAAGGCUGGCUGCAUCCAUAUGGCCCGCUCGCUCGCCAAUGAGUGGCGUGACUUUGCCCGUGUCAACAGUAUUUCCCCUGGAUACAUUGACACCGGUCUGUCCGACUUUGUCGAGCCGAAGAUUCAGGACCUGUGGCUCUCUAUGAUCCCAAUGGGCCGAAAUGGUCAGGCUAAGGAGCUGAAGGGUGCUUACGUCUACCUGGUCAGCGAUGCCAGUACCUACAUGACUGGCAAUGAUUUGAUUAUCGACGGCGGAUACUGCGUCCGGUAA